CGCCGCGCAGGCUCCGGGCAGCGGCCGCGCCUCCGCCAGCCCCGGGCUCGCCGGCGGCAGGGGAGGGGAGGGUACGAAAAGAAACAAAGCGCAUGAAAGGAAGGAAGGAAGCGCCCUCAGCGCUCAGCAGCCCGGAGACCGCUGGGGACAGGGACCUGCCGCUUCCGCGAUGCUGCGCAGGAGGUCUGGGUUAUGUCUUCACAGAACACAGUGACAUCUUGUGGCAUGGGAAGGGCUGGUGUCAUUUUUUUCCAGAUGCAUCCUCAUUUCAGCAGUUUUACAGACUAAACAGGGUUUAGCCCUGUCCCUGAUAUUUUGGGACCCUCCUCUGGCAUGGCAGCCCUUUGCAGGCUGAUCCUUGGAUAGGAUCCCGGGUAUCAGCAUGAAGGGAAGAGCUGCCGGCGGAGCGGCCGAGGCGCAGCAGCCGCGUCCCUGUGACCGCUACAAGCACGCCUGUGCUGUGUGCAGAGGCUUUGUUUAUCUCUACGGAGGGCACGGCUGCACCACGCUGAGGGACUUCUGGAGAUACCACACAGUGAAAAAUGAAUGGGAAAUGUUGGAUUGCUCAAGAGACGGUCCAGAAGAACUGGAAGAACAUUCAAUGGUGGCUUAUAAGGGCAGCCUGUAUAUUUUUGGUGGGAUGGUGGAUUCUGCUUUCACACAAGCAAAAACUCCUCUCUGGAUAUAUGACAUUGAUUCCGCAAGAUGGACAGAGAGCUGCAACGAACCAGCAGAGACGGAGAGCUCUGCACCAGCUAACAGAAAAGGUCACAGUGCAGUCGUGUACCAUUCCAGCAUGUACAUCUAUGGGGGAUACUUUGGCAUCAAAGGCAUUUCUCAGGAGUUUUGGGAAUUCCAUUUUGAUACCAGGAAGUGGCUGUGUGUCUCCAGCCCCUGUCACAGCAGCGGUCCCGGAGCGCGGCACGGCCACUCGGCAGUGGUUUAUCACACAGCCAUGUACCUCUUUGGGGGGCUGGUGGGGCUCACUGAACAGAGGGACUUGUGGAGGUGGGACUUUGGAAGCAGCAGCUGGUCCAGCAUCAGAACAAGCCAAGGACCUCCUCCAGUGGUAGGUCACGCUUCAGUAGUCUGCAAAGACUCUAUGCUGAUUUUUGGUGGAGGGAUUUCAAAUUCCAGCCCUAACGAUGACCUCUGGAAGUAUCAUUUCCACACGCAGACAUGGAAGAAGCUUAGCAGUACUACAAAGGGAAGCUUUUCUCCUAAAAUGUAUCACUGCAUCUUAGGAAUUGGUGUGGACUUCCAAACUACUUCAGAUUUCACUGAUACGUUCCCCAGCCACUGCAAGAGUGAGCAGAAGGAAGAUCCCCAGCUGGUGCCCAUCCUGAGGCACUCUGGCUUUUGCAGCUUCUUCUGCCCACAGCCCGCGGAGCGGAGCAACGCCAUCGAAAUGAAAACCUUCAGCCUGCCCCUGCAGCCAGCAGAAUUCCCUGCCUCCCAGACCACUUCAGAGACAGGACUAGGCCCAAAGAGAGACAGGAGCUGUUUGUCCAAGGACAAGGCUCUCCCAGUGUUGGCCUGUUCAGGAGAGGCUUUUGCUGCUGCUCAGGGUGUGGGUGAAGAGGAGAGACCUGACUGGGGGUGUGUGGCCACGGGGGGUGGGAUCAGCAGGACCAACACACUGCUGCUCAUUGGGGGCAAGCCCUUGUCCAGCUUCUCUGAGAUCUCCUUCAGGCAAAUGGAGUUUGAUUGCUUGUGAUUGCUUUGCUUGCAAAGUGAAGGAAUAAAUUUCCACCACCGUGGCAGUAGGUGGAAAACCAACUGCUUGCAACUGUCUUCAGCUUCCUAUCAGCACGCUGGGGAAAAAAAUAAUUAAACCUUCUCAUACUUGCUGUGAACAGAUUUUUUACAAUGUUAACAAAACCUGACAUAUAUUUAAGUCACAACUUGCAUGUAAGUUGUGAUUUCUGAGAGGAGCUUGUUGGAAUGCUGCUCUUUUCGUUACUUUUCUCCUGGUCACUUCAUACCAUUUCAAAUUGGCAAUGGCUGAGGCUGCCUUGAAAAUCAGAACUGCAGUAACCCAUGCUGGCUCCACAAGAUGCCAUUUCAGGGACAAAGCUUGCUCAUUUUGCACUGGCAUAAGAGAGAAAUACAGUCACAUUUGAGAGUUUCAAUUAGUCUUAACAUGAAUGUUCUCUAAGAUUUUAUAUUCUUGAGUGUCCUUUGCAGAAUGUAUUUGCAACAUGAAAAGGCCUAUGAUAAUGGAACCCAACAAACAAAUCAGCAACUGAAUUCUAGAAGAUAUUCAAGGAUUGUAUAUAACCUUGAGGAAGUGAAACAAUGAGUGCCCCCUGGAAAUCAUCAACAAGGACCAGAGGAAGCGCAUUAUACCUGUGAGAACAAAGGGUGUGCCAAAUGAGUGUUGGCUUUAAUGGCUGAACACAGAAUCAAAAGGAUGUGAUUUCCCACAGUGGGGUGGGAAGGGAACAGAAAAAGGAAGGCUUGACAGAGUGGCACAAAGCAUGGGCUGUUUGCACUGGUAACUCAUGUUUUAGUCCUAAAGAGAUUUCUGCUUUUCCAACUCUUUUAUCACCCUACAUAGUACUUGUUACACAUUUCCUCCCUGUUGCACUAAGUUCUGAGUUCAUAUAUGGCUUUUCUUUGCUGAAAAGAAAAAGUGCUUGUUUUGCAAGGUAAUCUUGUCCAGUGUUCAAAGCAUUUAAUUCCAAAGACGUUACUAAAUACCCACCUUCUGACAGAACAGCAGCUGUCUGUAAGAGCUGCUGGUGUCUGAAAUUACUUGAAAGUUAAUACUUCCAAGUAUUUGAAAAGUUCAAAUACUUUCCAAAAGUUUCAUAGGAAUAAUGACUUACAAGUAAUUUACAGAUUUCAAGAAUAUUUAGAGAUACUUUCAUCAUCUCUUCACAAGUAACUGUCAUGUGAAUUCAAUAGGAAAAUUAUAGAUGGAUUUGCAAAAGCUACUUAAGAGUUAUUUGCACCAUCCAUGACCCUUACCUGGAAACAGAGAGGAUGUACACUGCCACGUGAAUAAA